AUGGACUACCUUACAUUCCCAUCUUCAGAGACCCCAUUUCUAGAGAGUUAUCUCCCAAAGGACAAAGCCAACAAUGACCUGCCUUUCACAACCCUCACAUUCGCAACCUCCCUGGACUCCUCUCUAGCACUCUCCCCAGGAACCCGCACCAUUCUAUCAGGACCUCAGUCAAAGGCAAUGACGCACUAUCUGCGCUCUCGCCAUGACGCAAUUCUCAUCGGCGUCGGGACAGCUGUUGCAGAUAACCCCGGGCUGAAUUGCCGGAUUCAAGGCGUGGGAGGCUACGGAGGGGAAGGUUUACAGGGCCAGCCGCGGCCUAUUGUGCUUGACCCGUCGGCGAGGUGGGAGAUCAACGAUGGAUCCAAGAUCCUCCAGCUUGCGAAGGAAGGUCGCGGAAAAGUCCCGUGGAUCAUCACGGCUUCUGGGGUGUCUAUCUCCGAGGACAAAAAGAGUCUUUUGGAAAGCCACGGCGGGAAGUUCAUUUCUCUCGAUAUCAUCGAGGGUAAAGGAUUUGAUUGGGCUGAGCUGCUACGAUGCCUGAAGAGUGAGGGUCUCGAAAGUGUCAUGAUCGAAGGGGGCGGGUCGGUUAUCAACUCCCUACUUGAGCCGCAAUUUCAGUAUCUCGUUGAUUCGGUCAUCGUUACGAUUGCUCCUACAUGGCUCGGCCAAGGAGGUGUGGUCGUUUCUCCGAAACGGAGAUUUGAUGGGAGUGGCAAUGCGAUGGCGGCGUCUCGCCUGAAGGAUGUGAAGUGGCAUCCGUUUGGGGAGGAUGUCGUCCUUUGCGGAAGAAUUGGGCAAUGA